GUGACGUAACCUCACUUUUUUUUCAUAUUUUCUAUGUUCAUAGUUCAUAUUCAUAACAAUUCAGCAUUUUAUAGUAAGCAAACGUAUCUUAGGUGUAUUUAUGACGUAUCUUUAUCGAAAUAAAUUCGUGUGCCGUCUCGUUACAUUUAAUUAAUUAGAGAAAAAUGUUACUGUUUUAUUAGAGAGAGACAAAGAUUACGCUAUUGGUCCGUGGCUGUGGUCCGCUAAGUAAAUUAAAAUAGUAAAUUAUUAAAAUAAUGAAGAAAAUCGAGAAAGAAUGGACGAUUGAUACGAAAUGGGGUAAAAUUGCAAUGAUAUCAUGGGGUAAUCCUGCAAAUCCGCCUAUAUUACUAGUGCACGGGUACAUGGAUACUGCAGCUACCUUCAUUUUAUUGGUCGACCAACUUCCAGACGAUUAUUACUACGUAGCCUUUGAUUUGCCAGGUCACGGCAAAUCUGAUCCCUUUCCUCCAGGGGUUAUUGUGUCAAAGAUAAACAUGGUGGAAGCGAUUAGAUUAGUUGUAAAAUACAUGAAAUGGGAGAAAUUCGCAUUUAUGGCACAUUCCAUGGGUUUUGUUAUAGGUAUUGUGUACAAUCACAUAUUUCCCGGUAAAAUAACAAAAAUGGUGCAUUUGGACCCAGUUGUAGCAGUAGCGUCGUAUUACUAUCCCCACUACAAACCACGCAUUUGGCAUCAAUACCUUUAUGACAUGUAUUAUAAUAGUUAUGAGAGUUUUAUAACUGGCCCUCAUAAGACUUUGACCCUCGAAGAAGCAGUUGGUCUAUCAGUUCGCAACAGAAAUAUCACAGAAGAUCAAGCCGAAGUCAUUCUAUCUAGAUCAUUAAUCCCAGCUGGUGAUGGCAAAUUCAGAUUGUCUUGGGAACCCAGGAUGAAGAAAAUAGCUGCCAUACCGAUGUCAGAAGAACUGUUUUUCACUAUAUUAACUGAACAUGCACCGCCAACGCUUGUCGUUGAAGCUUCUGAUGGUGUCAAUACUAAUGAAAGAGCUAAGCAGUUCGCACUAAAAGUAGUUGAAAACUGUCGUGCAAUAUUGCCCAAUUUUUACAGUGUUACGGUUGUUGGAGGGCAUGAUGUGCACAUAACAAACGCGGAAGGUGUCGCUCCUUACGUUGAAAAGUUCUUGCGAUCACCAGAAACGUUUAGCAACGAUACUGUAAAAAGUAAAUUGUCUGUGAAAAUGAAAUUCCAACAUGAAUGGAAAAUUCAAGUGCCGUGGGGGCAGAUGGCUUUGAUCAGCCGAGGGCACCCGGAUGGCGAGCCAGUGCUGGUGGUGCACGGGAGACAGGACAGCUCCUCGGUCUUCGCACCCCUCAUCAGCAUGAUGUCAGACCAGUACUUCUACGUGGCAUUCGACAUGCCUGGCAACGGGCUCUCAGAUGCCUUUCCUAAAGCCGCCUCAGAGAAGGAGGAUCCGAAUCACCUGCGGUACGCGGUGUAUUUCGACGCCCCGCCUAAACCCAGUGAGGCGUUCGUAGACUUCUGUAAGGCGCGUGUUAUCACGUUUACGACUAGGAAUCCGCGGUCCGGUCCAAAGCUGAUGAGGUUCCACUUCCUGAAAGCCAUGGAGCUGGUCAUCGCACACCUUGGAUGGGAGAAAUUCAUCUUCAUGGGACACUCGAUGGGAUGUGAACAAGGUCUAUUCUUCAAUGCGAUAUAUCCGAAUCGUAUAACGAAGAUGAUACUCCUGGAUGCUGGGCCGACCCUGAUGAGGAUGCAGAUUGAGGAUCCAGGGGAGUUCCAGAGGAUCUACUACGACAGUUACUAUGAUAACUUCCAUCAUGAGAAUUUUGAGAGGAAGCUGUACACCAGGACCACAGCCACUGAGGCGCUGAAGCGUCUCCGAGACCUGAACGACCCUCAGUGUGCGUUCCUACUCCAAAGGAAUUUUCAUGAAAUCGACGAUCACAGUUGGCAUCAGCUCGAAGAGUGGCAUUCGGAGGAAAUGCAACGACGGAGACAGGAGCAGGCCCGACGAGAACAGUCUCGCCAGGACGGAGCCGGAUCCUCGAAUGAUGUAUGGAAUCCAUUAUUAGAAGGGAUCUCGGAAAGUCCGUCUCCAGUGUUGGAGUACGAGUCGGAUUCUGAUGAUGGGUCUCUGGUGCAGAAGAUGAGGAGCCCUGGGCCUCCGUUGACGACCUCGCAGCUGGUUGAGCAGUAUUUGAGGCAGUAUAAGCUUCGGUUCUCGGGUGAACUAGGCACCUUGAACGCGGACAAUCCGGAACGCGUGCGCAUCACGCGCGAGGUACCGAAAUCAACGACUUGCCCCGACGGGACCCCAUCGCUGGACCUCAGCGAAAUUAUCAAACAUAUGCGUGAUCAUGACCCUGUCGGGUACUUGUCCUGGGACAACCGUUUAAAAAAUCUCGCGCCUCAAAAUUAUGGAAAUGAUUAUUAUUACGAGUUAUUUAAAAGUAUUCCGCCAUGUUUGUUCGUCGUCGCUAGCGAUGGUAUGAAAAGCGCGCCAACAAAUCCAAUAUGGCGGGACCGCGCCUUACAACUUAUAGAUAGAUUGUCAAAAUUAAACAAUUUUAAUCGUGUAGAUGUAAUUGGGAGCCAUGAUGUGCAUUUUACGCAUCCAGAAAGAGUUGCCCCACAUGUUAAUAAGUUUUUGAAAGAUAAUAAAGUUAAUUCUAAGUUAUAAUAGGUAUGUUUUUUUUUAUUGUUUGGUUG